CCCUCUCAAAUUCACACUUUAGGCAUAUCCGAACACCUGUUAACCUUCGCCCGCCACCAAAACCAACACACGAACGCCUCCCUCUACCUUUGCCUUCUGGAAGAAUCAAUGUCUCCUUUCCUUUCCUUAGGUUAAAACUAAUAAACCCAAAUCAAUUUCACCCCUUUUUUUAACACACCCAGAUCCAUUAACCCCUGUAUCCCCCCUAUCUGCCUGUUUCAAAGGCAAGACAGUUUCAUAUCUCAGUUGGGUUUGUCAAACUUCUUUCCCUGCAUACAUACAUACAUGAAUUGAAGGAAGCAAUAUGUGUCAAUAAGCGUAUUGGGGGCGCCCAUUGUCAAUAAGCAGUUUGUGUCAAUACACAACGUGUGAGAGGCUAUUAUGAAUUCAGUGAGACUAAAAUACAAGAAUAAAAGAUGGGACCUCAUGUUUCAACCGUACAAGUAUUUAUUUGGCUCAAGUUAUCCCGAGAAAACCUGUUACCGAUCCUUAACCCGUUGCAUCGGUGAUUCAAACUGUUUUUCUGGGAAUAAUGUUUAUAGAAGAUACCUAUCAGAUUCUACAAAGUUUUCCGGUUAUAAUUCCACAAGAUUGUUUGCGGGAUCAUAUGCAACUUCUAAUGGUUCUUUUAGAUUUUAUAGCUCCGAGGGUGAUGGAAGAAACACAAGUGAAGAUAAGCAUGUACCUUUAAAAGAUGUGUCCGAAACCGAUAAGGGUAUUAUUGGUAAUGAAAAUAUAAAUGCGGACGUGAAUCACCAUGAUGCACAUGCUCGUUUAGGAGAUCUAGAUCAAAAGGAAUGGCUUUUGAACGAGAAAUUAGCUAUUGAAAGUAAACGAAAAGAGUCGCCUUUUUUAACCAAACGACAACGAUUCAAAAACGAGUUUUUAAGGAGGAUUGUUCCAUGGGAGAAACAAACGGUCUCAUGGGAUACAUUUCCUUACUACAUACAUGAAAAUUCGAAGAACCUUUUAGUGGAAUGUGCUGCUUCUCAUUUAAAAAACAAGAAGUUUACUACUACAUAUGGUUCACGGUUAGAUUCUUCAAGUGGGAGAAUAUUGCUUCAGAGUGUACCAGGCACUGAGCUUUAUCGAGAGAGAUUUGUUAGAGCGCUUGCACGGGAUUUACAAGUUCCCUUAUUAAUUCUCGACAGUAGUGUUCUAGCUCCUUACGAUUUCGGUGAAGAUAACUCAGAAAAUGAAUCAGAUGAAGAACAUGAAGAAGUUACUUCUGAAUCAGAAGUUGAUGACGAUGCAAGCAACGAGGAAGAGUGGACUAGCAGUGCAGACUCGCGAUCCGACGAUGAAGAUGUUGAAGCUCGGGCUGCCGCAGCCCUAAAGAAGCUUGUUCCUGGAAACAUUGAAGAACUUGCAAAGAACAUUGCUGUUGUUGGGGAGAUUUCGUCUGAAUCUUCAAAGCAGGAGGAGGCUGAGUCUUCUGAGGACGCAAAUGAGCCAUUAAAGAAAGGGGAUCGUGUCAAGUAUGUUGGUCCAUCUGUCCGUGUGGAAGAAGAUAACAGGAUUAAAUUGGGGUCGAUAGCAACAUCUGACGGUACAAGAAAUGCAUAUACCUUUAUCACGCGCAGACCCUUGGCUACGGGCCAACGUGGGGAGAUCUUUGAAAUUAACGGGGAAAGAGUUGCGGUUAUCCUAGAUAGUGUGGAAUAUAACGCAUACGAUUCAAAAGAUGACGAGAAAGCUGAGCAAUCUGCCACACCGUCAAUAUACUGGAUUCACGCUAAGCAUAUUGAGCGUGAUUUUGAUACCGAAGCUGAAGAAUGUUAUAUUGCAAUGGAGGCGUUAUCUGAGAUCUUGCGGUCUGUGCAACCGCUUAUUGUGUAUUUCCCAGACUCGUCUUUGUGGUUGUCACGCGCUGUUUCUAAGUCAAACCGCCGAGAGUUUGUGAAUAAACUUCAAGAAAUGUUUGACAAGAUAUCAGGGCCCGUUGUUUUGAUAUGCGGUCAAAAUAAAGUUGCUACUGGAUCAAAAGAGAAAGAGAAAUUUCAGACUAUGAUUCUUCCAAAUCUGGGCCGUCUAGCGAAAUUGCCUCAAUCUUUGCAACGACUUGCUGAGGGAAUAAAGCCCAUGAGAAGGCCCGGUGACAACGAUGUUUACAAGAUAUUUACUAAUGUUAUGUGUCUACAUCCUCCAAAGGAGGAAGACCCCCUUAAAGUAUUUAAUAAACAACUUGAUGAAGACAGACGCAUUGUUAUAUCACGGAGUAAUAUAAAUGAAUUGUAUAAGGUUUUUGAGGAAAAUGAACUAACAUGUGUAGACCUAUUGCAUGUAAAUACCGAUGGAGUGAUACUGACAACUAAGAAAGCUGAGAAUGUUGUGGGGUGGGCUAAAAAUCAUUACUUAUCCACUUGUGACCUUCCGUCCGUUAAAGCCGAUAGAUUGAAUUUGCCCCGAGAAAGCCUUGAAGUUGCAAUUUUGCGGCUUAAAGAGCAGGAAUCGAUCUCCAAGAAGCCUGCGCAAAACCUAAAGAAUCUUGCUAAGGAUGAAUACGAGAGCAACUUUAUUUCAGCAGUUGUUCCACCCGGUGAAAUUGGUAUUAAAUUUGACGAUAUUGGUGCUCUUGAAGAUGUGAAAACAGCGUUACAUGAAUUAGCCGUUCUUCCAAUGAAAAGACCCGAGCUUUUCUCUCGUGGAAAUCUGUUACGGCCUUGUAAAGGUAUAUUGCUUUUCGGGCCUCCUGGAACCGGUAAAACACUUCUUGCAAAGGCACUUGCAACUGAAGCAGGAGCCAAUUUUAUCAGUAUAACGGGGUCCACCCUUACAUCUAAGUGGUUUGGUGAUGCUGAAAAACUUACAAAGGCCCUCUUUUCAUUUGCCAGCAAAUUGGCCCCUGUAAUAGUGUUCGUUGACGAGGUUGACAGUUUGUUGGGGGCCCGUGGAGGGGGAUCCGAGCAUGAAGCUACGAGAAGAAUGAGAAACGAGUUUAUGGCAGCUUGGGAUGGAUUGAGGUCAAAAGAUAGUCAAAGGAUCCUCAUUCUUGGUGCGACGAAUAGACCAUUUGAUCUUGAUGAUGCUGUGAUCCGUCGAUUACCACGGAGGAUUUAUGUGGACCUGCCGGACGCCGAUAAUAGGUUGAAGAUACUGAAAAUAUUUCUUGCUAAAGAAAAUAUUGAAUCUGAUUUUGACAUAAGAAGUCUUGCUAAUGCAACAGAAGGAUAUUCGGGGAGUGAUUUGAAGAACCUUUGUAUUGCUGCGGCAUAUAGACCCGUUCAAGAACUUUUAGACGAAGAAAAGAAAGGAAAUAAAUAUGAUAAAACUCCAGCAUUAAGACCGCUUAAUUUGGAUGAUUUCAUUCAAUCCAAAGCCAAGGUGGGGCCAUCUGUGGCUUAUGAUGCGGCAAGCAUGAACGAACUCAGGAAAUGGAACGAGCAAUAUGGAGAAGGCGGAAGCAGGAGAAAGUCACCGUUCGGGUUUUAAUGUUACUAACGAUAUCAGUUUUGUUCGGCAUUGUUAAAGAUAGAAAGAUAAUGUAUCUAGCAACCUUAGCAGUCGCAAUCUUUGUACUUGUGAUCAAUGGGAGAGUUGCUUCUCGGCAUGAUUUUGAAUAUUUUAGUCAAACAAACUGCAAGAGAUUAGAGAUAGCAGCUGAUGUUAGUGUUUGAUAAACAAUUUCCAUUUAUUUAUUUAAUAAGAUUUUACCUUUACUCAA